AUGAGGGCGCCAGAGGACGCCUGGAGCGGCGACGCUGGGUUUGCGGUGACCACUGUGACCAUUUCGGCAUGUUCGGCGUUCACGGAGUCUGUCGCCGUGGAGGAGGACCAGGAGGGUCAGGCAGAUGCCUUGCUCUACGCCACGGGCACAGAGGCCAUGGAGUCGUUCUCCAAGAGCGUGGACGAGGAGGUGCCCCUACAUUCGGCAUUGCGAGAAGGGUGGGACGAAGCGGGCGAGGCAUUCGCGGACGAGGCAUUCGCUACCGGCCAUUCUCCGAAGGCUUGGCUACAGCGCGUGUGGGCGCGCCUGGAUGAGGAGUCCCACGACGAUAAUGUGGCCACCCCGCCCCCGCCGCGCCGGCGCUUGCAGCGCCCCGCCACCGCAGAGAUUCUCCGCCGGCUGGGGCUCGUGGCGCCCGACAGUCAGCCGAGUGCUGCCGCGACUGGCGUCGAGCCGCAUUGCGGUGUUCGUGGCGUUGGGAGGGCGCCGUCGCCACCCUCGCAAGCCAGGACAGAUUCCGCUGCGGACCCGCUGGCGCCCCUGAGCCCAGCGGUCGACGGUCCCUCGCAGUGCGGCUCACGGCCGGCGACGGUUCCUGGGCUAGACAUGGACAGGGUGCACAUGGAAUCGGAGUUUCACAAUCUCGGGGCCCCUGGCCGGCCCACCGCGCCUGGGCUGCCUGGCGCUGCCGACGGGUCUCGGGGCAAUGUCGAGCUGCACGUCGGCGCCAGCACCGCGAGCUCUGCAAGCAGGCUGCUGGAGGAGCCUGGCGCCGCCGAGGACGCCAGACUGCCGGCGGUUCCGCCCGAACGGGGUGGCGCGGUCGGCUCUGCCGUCCGGCGUGAUUUCCGGCGCGGCUUGGCGGGCAUGCCGCAGGAGGCAACCGCCAUGGAACGCCCGCUCUCCCGGCCAGGGGGCUUGCGGCCACUGCCGCGCAGCCGCAGUGCGCCGGGCGGGCCGCGAGGCUCGCAGGGUUCUCGCGGCCCCCUGCGCCAGGAGCGCAAGCAGCCAGCGAGGCCAAUGGAGGCCCCGGAAGCCCAGGGGGUGAGGGGAGGGGCGUGGUGGAGGGAUGGGUCGCUGCAGUACGCGUCGAAGCACGGCGAGGAUAGCCGCAGCAGCCCGUACUGGCGUGGGCCGUCCACGAAGGCGCGGCCGAUGGCCUCGCGGGGCCAGCCGUGCGGCGUGCGCGGCCGCCACGCACAGACGGUGGCGCCCCUCGGCACCGCGCACGUGCACCACCACCAGCACUUGCAUUACCACGUGCUGAUGGGGCCUGAGGGUGCAGCGGACGUGCCAGUCCCUUCACCCGAAGCUGUUUGCUUGGGUGGGGUUGGUGCGUGGGUGGCUGGGACGCACUGA